UGGGGAGGGAGUGGUACGGACAGGAGGAGAGACAGAGAGACUGGGGGAUGAGGUGGAAGAAGAGGGGUUCAGAGACAGAGGGAGAGAGAGAAAGUGAGAGAUGGAGGGAGGGAGGCAGGCAGAGAGGCACAAGGAAAGAUCAAGAAUGAGAGACCCACAGAGCGCGACUGGGAGAGCAAAGCAGAGAUAGACAAUGACAGAAAGGCACAGGGACAGAAAGAGAAGAACGAGACACACGCAGAAUUACAGAAAGGCAGUGAAUAAAUGACAGAGAGAUUCGGAGUGACAGGGCAGGAUGUAGACAGACGGAGGGACACAAAAUUGAGGAGAAACUGAGAAAAUCAGAGAGAAGGGGAGCUUGAAGAGGUGACAGAGGCAGGCAGGCCGCAGCACCGAGGCCCAGGGCCGGUCAUGGGAGGGCCCCCACACACACCCCGCCCCCAGGGCGAUAAGGCAGGGCUAGGAGGCCCAGUCAUACUGGGCCACCCUUCUCCUGUCUGCCUGCCUGGUGCCAUACACGCAGACCCAGCCUGCCCCAGCCUGCUGCAGCUGCCACCACCACCACCACCUUGGGCCCCGGGAGCCCCAGCCCGAGCUUAAGAACCUGGGGCCUGCCCUCCCGGACUCCAGGCAAUGAGGAUUCUACUAUUAAUGAUGCUUGCUCUGGUGACAGGGCAUGUACGGGGAGAGACCAGGAUCAUCAAGGGUUACGAGUGCUCUCCUCAUUCCCAGCCCUGGCAGGCGGCUCUCUUCCAGAAGACACGGCUGCUCUGUGGGGCAACCCUUGUCGCCCCCAAAUGGCUCCUGACAGCAGCCCACUGCCGCAAGCCCCGAUACGUAGUUCACCUGGGGGAGCACAACCUCCAGCGACAGGAUGGCUAUGAGCAGACCCGAAUAGCGACCGAGUCCUUCCCCCACCCAGACUUCAAUGACAGCAUCCCCAACAAAGACCACCGCAACGACAUCAUGCUGGUGAAGAUGGUGGCACCAGCCUUCAUCACCCGGGCCGUGCGGCCCCUCACCCUCUCAUCAUGCUGUGUCACUCCUGGCACCCGCUGCCUCAUUUCCGGCUGGGGCACCACCUCCAGCCCCCAGUUGCACCUGCCCCACACCUUGCGGUGUGCCAAGAUCACCAUCAUGGAUCACAAGGAGUGCGAGGACGCCUACCCUGGCAACAUCACAGACACCAUGGUGUGUGCCAAUGUUCGGGAAGAGGGCAAGGACUCCUGCCAGGGUGACUCUGGGGGCCCUCUGGUCUGUAAUGGGUCUCUUCAAGGCAUUAUCUCCUGGGGUCAGGAUCCAUGUGCUGUCACCAGAAAGCCCGGUGUCUACACAAAGGUCUGUAAAUAUGUGGACUGGAUCGAGGAGACUAUGAAGAACAAUUAGCCAGGACCAACUCACCACGGCCCAGCCCCCUCAUCCUUACCUGGUGAUGUGGCUCCUGUCCACUCUGUUAAUAAUCAACCCUGAGCCAGGAUCCCUUUACAGACUUCCUUUGGGUCUCCUUGACCAGAGAGAUGCUGGAGCUUAAUAAUCAACUUGGAGUUUGGAAUUAGUGAGACCUGGGUUCGAAUCCUGUCACAUACUAACUUGUGACUCCAGGAGUGAUUAUUAAUAGCUAUUUGGUUUACUGGUGUAUCCCCAGCCUCAAAGACAA